ACGUAAGGCUUGGAGAGUUGGUCUAGCCCCAGACUCAGAGGAGGUUACAGGGGAGAGGAAUAGCGGAUAAUAUAGGUACUGGACAGGACUGUUAUCCUAGUUUUAUUUGACCAGUUAAUUUUCUGGAAACAACCGGCGCGUUUUAGUCAACUUAUAUGACCUGGACACCACACGGUACUAGUUCACAUUUAUGUGUCCCGUUUAUUAAUUUUAUACAUGGGCCUUUUUAGCUAAGGCCUAAUCGACUGUAAACGAUACCACAAAUUAGAAUGGCAUUUAGAGUGAGAUUUAAAUUGCUUCAUAUUGUUAUUUUGUAUAGGAAUAAUACGUUAUUAUUCCGUCAGUGUUCUAAUAUUCUGACUUAGCAGACCUCUUCACUGAAAGAAAUAAACCUACAUGGAAUAGUUUUUGCGUCAUAAUCUAGUAAUAACAAGAAAAUAAUCGAUUUUCGUCUCGUAGAAGGAAUCAGAGCUGUGGAUAUAUAGCGAUAGAGAAGCUGCAGCCGGACAUUUGACUGAAAGAGAUUACAAGCUUCCUCAUAAAAACUCAACUACCUCUACUCGCUGGUAACGUGAGGACGGAGGGGGAUUUGAAGGAAACGAAACACAUUAUGCAACAUAAUGGUAACAUAGAAGAGAGGCCGUCGGCGAGCCAAUCCGAACCUCAGAUCCAGGGGACGCCUGGCGGCAGCGAGACCCUUUGCGGUCCCACAGUCUACCAACUGGUUGCUCAUUCCAAACCGGAGUUCAAACGCAAUUCAGUUAAAGAUGACUACAAAGUAACAACUCAAGUCCUAGGACUGGGCGUCAACGGAAAAGUGCUGGAAUGCUACUGCAAGGACACGGGGAAUAAAUGUGCGCUCAAGAUUCUUUAUGAUACUCCCAGGGCACGCCAGGAGGUGGAGUUACAUUGGAGAGUGUCAGGGGGUCCAUAUAUCGUUCGCAUCCUCAGCCUGUAUGAGAACUUGUACCAAGGGAAGAGAUGCCUGCUGAUCAUCAUGGAAUGUAUGGAAGGAGGAGAACUGUUCAGUCGCAUUGAGGCCAGAGGGGACCAGGCUUUCACAGAAAAAGAGGCUUCAGACAUCAUGAGGGAUAUCGGGACAGCCAUCGAGUACCUCCACCACAUGAACAUAGCUCACAGAGAUGUCAAGCCUGAGAAUCUGCUCUACACCACCAAGGAGAGCAAUGCUGUGUUGAAAUUAACUGAUUUUGGCUUUGCCAAGGAGACAACCCUCCACAACUCCCUCCGGACACCCUGUUAUACACCCUACUAUGUUGCCCCUGAAGUGCUUGGUCCAGAGAAGUAUGACAAGUCAUGUGACAUGUGGUCUCUGGGCGUGAUCAUGUACAUCUUGCUGUGUGGCUACCCUCCAUUCUACUCUAACACGGGCCUGGCCAUCUCUCCAGGCAUGAAGCAAAGAAUCAGGAUGGGCCAGUACAAGUUCCCGGCCACUGAGUGGUGUGAGGUAUCGGAGGAAGCCAAAGAGUUGAUCAACCAGCUGCUAAAGACAGACCCUAACGAGAGGAUGACCAUUGGACAGUUCAAGAACCACCCUUGGAUCAAUCAGUCAAUGAUGGUCCCUGCAACUCCUCUGCACACUUCCCGUGUUCUGAGAGAGGACAUAGAUAUGUGGGACAAUGUAAAGGAGGACGUGACCUGUGCUCUAGCCACCAUGCGUGUGGACUAUUACCAGGUAAAGAUCAAAGACCUGGACACGUCCAACAACCCGCUGCUCAACAAGAGACGCAAGAGAUCUGCUGCGGGGGCGGCCGAGGGAAAGGUGACAGGUGAAGAAGGAAACGGAGGCGGGGGCGGGGGCGGGGGCGGAGCAGGUGAAGGAGUAGGCGGAGCAAUGUUUUGUAACAGUCAGUGAGCGGAUGGGUGAAAGGAGUAGCAGUAGAUGAGGUUUGUAUUAUGACCAUUGUAUAAUCAAAAAUAAUGAGGGCCAGUAGUUCUUGACUGGAGUUCCACUCUGUAUUGGGUUGUUCCUGUUGUUCAGGUCACAUGGCAAGGAGUAACUCAUUACCAGUCAGGGUGGUCAGAAAGAUCUAGUUAUUACAGGCUUUGAUCUGUCUCUUUAACUUCUAUCAUCAGCACAUAACAGACUCAAACCCAGUUGGACCACAGCCUGAUCUAGGAAAUCAUGGCUUUUGUUUUGUAGAUGUAAUCAAUGUACUUGUUUUUUU